AUGGGAGAUACUGAGGAUAGUGUGAAGCGAGAGAAGAAAGUGGUAUUUGUAACUGUAGGAACAACAUUGUUCGAUGCUCUUGCAAGAACAGUGGAUACUAAGGAUGUCAAACAAGAGUUAUUAAGAAAAGGGUAUACCCACCUUGUUAUUCAAAUAGGUCGAGGAUCCUACACUCCUACCAAGUGUGAUGGAGGAGAUGGAUCUCUGGCUGUUGAUUACUUCACUUUUUCUCCAAGCAUUGCAGACCAUCUGAGAUCAGCAUCUCUUGUCAUCAGCCAUGCAGGAUCUGGCAGCAUAUUUGAAACUCUGCGGCUUGGUAAACCUCUAAUUGUAGUGGUGAAUGAAGAUUUGAUGGACAAUCAUCAAAGUGAACUGGCAGAAGAACUAGCAGAGAGGAAGCAUUUAUAUUGUGCUCAUCCUCAAACGCUUCAUCAGACAAUAUCUGAUAUGAAUGUGGAGUCCCUCCUUCUGUACCCACCAGGGGAUGCCACACCGGUUGCCAAGCAUAUAAACAGGGGUACUUCUGGUUUCCCUGAAUUGAAUGCAACAGUUGAGUUUAUGAUCACAAUUCUUGGAAUAAUCCUAUAUGACAAACUUCAAUCAGAAUUAAGGAUUUUUGACCUAUGUGCCAUGCUUAGAAGGCUCAAAGCUUCAAAAGAUGGAGGCAGUUGCAGAGACUUUAGCAGCUGCAACACUAGCAAGUUCAUUGCUCAUACCACCAUAAGCUUCAAUUCAAGCCCAGAUCUAAAGGGCGGAUGUCUCUAUGCAAGCAAUUUGGGCCAUAAUCCUGCAAGUAAAUACAAAGGAGUCCAAGUUUUCACAUACAGAGAGCUUGAAAUUGCCACAAACAAAUUCAGUGCAGCAAAUGUGAUAGGGAAUGGAGGGUAUGGAGUGAUGUACAGAGGUACCCUGAGAGAUGGGACGGUGGCUGCAAUUAAGAUGCUUCAUAGAGAAGGGAAGCAAGGAGAGCGUGGAUUCAGGAUAGAGGUAGAUUUGCUAAGCAGGUUGCAGUCACCAUACUUGGUGGAGCUACUUGGUUAUUGUGCUGACCAAAACCACAGGCUCCUAAUAUUUGAAUUUAUGCAUAAUGGAACCCUUCAACACCAUCUCCAUCACAAGCAAUAUCGACCGUUGGAAUGGGGGACACGAUUGAGGAUAGCCCUUGAUUGUGCUAGGGCCCUGGAGUUCCUUCAUGAGCACACAACCCCAGCAGUUAUCCACCGUGACUUCAAGUGCAGUAGCAUUUUACUGGACCAAAAUUUUCGAGCUAAGGUUUCGGAUUUCGGAUCGGCUAAGAUGGGUUCGGAUAGGAUCAACGGUCAGAAUUCGACUCGUGUGCUGGGGACCAAUGGUUGUCUAGCACCAGAGUAUGCUUCGACAGGUAAGCUUACCACAAAAUCAGAUGUAUACAGCUAUGGAGUUAUUCUUCUACAGCUCUUAACUGGCCGUAUACCGAUCGAUACCAAGCGGCCCUCUGGUGAACAUGUUCUUGUCUCCUGGGCUCUUCCAAGGCUAACCAACAGAGAAAAGGUAGUGGAAAUGGUUGAUCCAGCAAUGCAAGGGCAGUAUUCAAAGAAGGAUUUGAUUCAGGUAGCUGCCAUUGCAGCUGUGUGUGUGCAACCAGAAGCAGAUUACAGGCCUCUCAUGACAGAUGUUGUUCAGUCACUAAUCCCUCUGGUCAAGAACCUCUCUUCUGUAUCUUCCUCUGGUUCCUCUAGAUUUAUGAAUCAGACAAGUCCAAGGCCUAUGUAG